ACGCUGAUCACCUUAUAAUGUUUCUUAUACACGAAAGCAAGAAACAUAACGUGCAAUUUAUACGCUUUUCGAUGAGCAAAUUUUAUGACCAAUUAUGAUCUUUUAUUUUUACAUUGCACUUUACUGGGUUCUUGAGUAGUUUCGUAACACCAAAGCUAAUUUCGAUUUUCGCAAUUUGAACCAAAGUUCCCGUUCUGAGAAACCGUGAAGGUUGACUUGAACCACCUGUUCGCCUCGAUGAAAAACCUCUCGGAUUUUGGGCUGACUUGGUACCUUGUAUUUUUUUAUUUUUCCCGUGAUGACUUCAGAUUGAACAAUUAGAUUAAGUGAGUGACAAACUUUUCAAUUAAAACUGUAGACUCGAUAGCUUAUAACGACUGUAGCUAGGGUAAAACAGGUUUGUUUCAUAACGUAGCAGGGACUCUACAGUCCUACCGUAGUAAUCGACAGUUUGUUGAACUGACCGAGUAAACGAUCACAGCGAAUUAUUUAAUCUUUCCAGUUCCUUGUUCACUUCCACGUUGUACAAACUGAUCUCUUAACAGAAAAGAGAUACCUUCGCAAUUACUCUAGUCAAAAAUAAUGAAUCGAAUAUGUCUUUUAUAACUUCUUUGGUAAAGAUUGAAAGCAUAAACUUAGAAAGAUCGAAUGAUGGUCUGAUCCGCAAGGUUUUCUCCUUUGUGAUCAAAGAAAUUGACACUUGAUAACUGAUGCAGUCAAGUAAUUUGCGUUCAAUUAAUUGGACAACUUCUGAUAGUUAUGCAGUAGUGUCGAGUGCCCAAAUAUCACAAGGACGUAUGCUGAUGAAUGAUCGACGGUGAACCAAACAGUUCAAUGCGUCUUUUCAGUCACAAUGAGUACCUGGUGUUACAUUUAAUCCGUGGUUCCUGGCGGCCCGCUAACACCCCGUAUCUCCUCCAUACCACGCCGCGUGUAUAUUGCAUGAACGCGUGCAAUGAGAGGUAGAGAAGCAGGGAAAUAACGACGAACGACAUGCCAUGUAUCCCCAUUCCUUAAUCCAGAUACACGCAUAAGGAGUCGGUAACAAUCAGGAGAGAAAGUAUAAAUGACAUCUAGCGAGGAGCAAACCCUUUAGUCUUUCGUGGAGAGAGCACCAUGCAAUACCCACCACAGAUCCUGUUAUGCAUCGCGUUAUGGCUAAGUGUCUUCUCGAGACGUUUAGUGGCAAAAGAACCUCCCGAUUCUGAGCUGCUGAAAAAAUACGCUAAAGACGUCGAGACGGUUUUGUCGCCGACUCUCAUCGAGGAACUCCAAGGCGCUCAGUCGAACCGUUCGGCGGUCAACUUGGAACAAACGGUUCCGAGGACUCCAGAACAAGCAGAGAGCGUCAGUGACAAAAAACCGGAGAUACAUUUCGAUAAUCAAGUUUAUCCGUACCACUACGAAAGGUCCUAUCACUACCACUAUCCUCCGAGCCCACAGGAUGGGGCCUCAGGGCCAGUGGGUUACUCUGACACUUUUUACGGACCGUCAUUCAGGCCACGGAUCCACGUGAGCGACAUUCGGGAUCCAGGUUACUACAGAUCCGAGCUCUACAACCCGUUCGGAUCCCCGGCAAGCCCGAAUGCAGGUGUAAAAGCAACUUCGAGCGCGAAGGAAAGUAUUGAGGUUAAUGGGAACGGUAAAGAGACAUCUGGAGGACAGGGACCUUCGGAGGUUAUCCAUGGUCCAAAUCCUCUGCCACCAAACGGCUUCGCACAUCCCGAGAUCUUGACGCAGUCAGCACCCCCUAACCCGUUUCCUAGCAUGGAUUUUGACAGGUACAGACAUGGGGUUUUUGACAGACCGUUGGGGCCCAGUAACUACUUCAGACCAGGUGGGGAUAUCGGACCACCUCCCCAUGAUUUCAAGGAAAAAAUCUCGCAGCCACUUCAAGAAAGACCCAUGGAUCCGUACCAAAAUUUACCACCCUUGGAUUAUCAGGGGUAUGGUGAAAACCGCCCUCUGAGACCGCACCAUCUGUCUCCACCCUUCCCCGAUCCCUUUUUCCCUGCGGGUUAUCAAAGACCUUUUUACAGCAGCUAUCGUCCUUCUGAACACUUUCAUAAUCUCUUCAACGAUACCUUUACGAGAAACUUUUCGCAUAGACAGCCUUUCCGUGGAUUCUAUCCCCAUCGUAAUUACAACCACCCAUCACCUCCAGCACCUUCCCCAGCCCCUUCACCUCCACCACCUGCACAACCCCCGAUGCCUCCGCCAGCGCUACCAGAAAGCAUGCAGGAAUCGCCUCCUCCUACAACCCCUUUAAGUCAACCGACACCUGAUGUCAAUCCAGAAAACCCUGCAGCACCUGUACCUGCCGCUUCAAAUUCAAUCUACGAAGUGAAGCUUUUUUUGCCCGCGAUCGAUAACGUAGAUCAUGAAUUUCAGCCCGGCACAUCAGAAGAAUUUAAGUACACCAGCAAGAGUUGGAAGUUUUAAGUUAAAUUUCUAAUUUAUCAUUAGUCCACUGGACUUAAUUUAUAUAAAGAAGAACAAACCAACUUUGACAGUAAAUUUCUUAUUUAAUAUUACUCAAUUUCGUGUACAUACCUUUAUAAUACAUAAUUUAAUCAACCUCAAGUAAUCAGUCUCGCUACUCUACCUAUAUCUUUUCGUGUAGAAUAAAUUUAACUCAUAGCUGCUGCAGUGCCGGAAA